AUGGUGCCAAAAGCAAAGAAGGAAGCUCCUUCCCUUACCAAAGCUGAAGCCAAAGCAAUGACUUUAAAAGCUAACAAGAAAGUGCCGAAAGGCCUCCAGAGCCACAAAAAGAAAAAGCGAACUUCACCCACCUUCCAGUGUCCUAAGACCCUGCGGCUCCGGAGACAGCACAAAUAUCCUCGAAAGAGUGCAUCCAGGGGAAACAAGCUUGACCACCACGCUAUCAUCAAAUUCCCACUGACCACUGAAUCAGCCAUGAAUAAAAUAGAGGAUAACAUGGUUGUGUUCAUUGUGGAUGUCAGGGCCAACAAGCACCAGAACAAACAGCCUGUGAAGAAACUCCAUUGCACUGAUUCAGCCAAAGUUAAUAGCCUGAUAAGGCCUGACCGAGAGGAGGCAUAUGUUCUAUUGGCUCCUGAUUCUGAUGCUCUAGAUGUUGUCAUCAAGAUUGGGACCAUAUCCUUCAGUCUCUUCUCCAGUUCCUCCAUCAGGUAG